AGCAUCUCUCAUAGGUUCACUAAUACUUGACUUGACUGUUGGAAGGUCUCUUUAUAUGUGUUGUUCGGAAAGAGGAGAACUCAAUGAUUAUUCGUUCGCCAGAACCAGAAGUCAAAAUUUUGGUGGAUAGGGAUCCCUUCAAAACUUCCUUCGAGGAAUGGGCCAGCCCCGAUCAUUUCUCAAGAAUAAUAGCUAAGGGACCUGAUACUACCACUUGGAUCUGGAACCUACAUGCUGAUGCUCACGAUUUCGAUAGCCAUACCAGUGAUUUGGAGGAGAUUUCUUGAAAAGUAUUUAGUGCUCAUUUCGACCAACAUUUCGGCCAACUCUACAAUCUUCUUUGGCUGAGUGGCAUGUAUUUCCACGGUGCCCGUUUUUCCAAUUAUGAAGCAUGGCUAAGUGAUCCUACGCUGAGUGAUCCUACUCACAUUGGACCUAGUGCUCAGGUGGUUUGGCCAAUAGUGGGCCAAGAAAUCCUGAAUGGAGAUGUGGGCGGAGGCUGGGGGGGGGGGGGAAUAACCUUCGAUUCUUUUCAGCUUUGGAGAGCAUCUGGAAUAACUAAUGAAUUACAACUGUAUUGUACUGCAAUUGGUGCAUUGGUCUUUAUAACUUUAAUGCUUUUUGCUAGUUGGUUCCAUUAUCACAAAGCUGCUCCAAAAUUAGCUUGGUUCCAAGAUGUAGAAUCUAUAUUGAAUUACCAUUUAGCGGGACUAUUAGGACUCGGGUCUCUUUCUUGAGUGGGACAUCAAGUACAUGUAUCUUUACCAAUCAACCAAUUUCUAAACGCUGGGGUGUAUCCUAAGGAAAUCUCCCUUCCUCAUGAAUUUAUCUUGAAUCGAGAUCUUUUGGCUCAACUUUAUCCUAGUUUUGCUGAGGGAGCAACCCCAUUUUUCACAUUGAAUUGGUCAAAAUAUUCGAAAUUUCUUACUUUUCGUGAAGGAUUAGAUCUAGUGACUGGGGGUUUAUGGCUGAGCGAUAUUGGAUACCAUCAUUUAGCUAUUGGAAUUCUUUUCAUGAUAGCGGGUCAAAUGUAUAAGACUAACGUUCAUAAUGAUACCAUGAGUGCUUUAGGGCGUCCACAAGAUAUGUUUUCAGAUACUGCUAUACAAUUACAACCAGUCUUUGCUCAAUGGAUACAAAAUACCCAUGCUUUAGCACCUGGUGUAACAGCCCCUGGUGAAACAGCGAGCACCAGUUUGACUUGGGGGGGCGGUGAGUUAGUAGCAGUGGGUGGCAAAGUAGCUUUGCUACCAGGAACCGCAGAUUUUUUAGUCCAUCACAUUCACGCAUUUACAAUCCAUGUGACUGUAUUAAUACUUUUGAAAGGUGUUUUAUUUGCUCGCAGUUCCCGUUUGAUACCCGAUAAAGCAAAUCUUGGUUUUCGCUUCCCUUGCGAUGGGCCUGGGCGAGGGGGAACAUGUCAAGUAUCCGCCUGGGAUCAUGUUUCUUACUUCUUAGGACUAUUCUGGAUGUACAAUUCAAUUUCGGUAGUAAUAUUCCAUUUCAGUUGGAAAAUGCAGUCAGAUGUUUGGGGUACUAUAAGUGAUCAAGGGGUGGUAACUCAUAUCACAGGAGGAAAUUUUGCGCAGAGUUCUAUUACUAUUAAUGGGUGGCUACGCGAUUUCUUAUGGGCACAAGCAUCCCAGGUAAUUCAGUCUUAUGGUUCUUCAUUAUCUGCAUAUGGCCUUCUUUUCUUAGGUGCUCAUUUUGUAUGGGCUUUUAGUUUAAUGUUUCUAUUCAGCGGACGUGGUUAUUGGCAAGAACUUAUUGAAUCCAUCGUUUGGGCUCAUAAUAAAUUAAAGUUGCUCGCUGCUACUCAGCCUAGAGGCCUUGAGCAUUAUACAGGACGUGCUGUAGGAGUAACGCCAUUACCUUCUGGGUGGAAUUGCCAACAACCAUGGGCGUUCUUCUUUAGCAAGAAAUUAUUGCAGUAGGAU